AUAACGUAUACAACGAUAACCCGGAGGAACUAUUUUAGCGGCACACAAGUAGGCAGAUACUUACUGAACAUGUGACUAUUUGGAUGAAAACUAACUAAACUGGAUAGAUCACUUGUGACUUUUUUUGACAUUUGAUUUCUCAGAAUUACUGUAGCUGUUCCAGAGCUUAAACAUCACUGAUCGCCAGCACAACAUGAGCUCUCCGAAGAAAGCGACUAGUGAACCUCAUGUCAUCAAAGAGGAGCUGAUAGCGAGUGGAAAAUGGGUGAAGCUUGAGAAGACCACGUAUGUGGAUCCAUCUGGAAGCACCAGAACAUGGGAAACGGCAAAGAGAACGACCCGAGUCGCCAACAGUGCAGCUGAUGGUGUAGCAAUGAUAGCCCUUCUGAAGAGGACUCUACAUAAAGACUGUGUUGUAAUGGUGAAGCAGUUUCGUCCACCCAUGGGAUGCAACACACUGGAGUUUCCUGCAGGUCUGAUUGAUGACAAUGAAACUGUUGAAACUGCUGCUUUGAGAGAACUAAAGGAGGAAACUGGUUACAAAGGGGAGGUAGUGGGCGUCACUCCAGUCACAUGUUUAGACCCGGGCUUGUCUAACUGCACCACACAGAUGGUGAUGGUACAUAUCAAUGGAGAUGACAGUGAAAAUAUAAACCCCACUCAGCAGCUGGGUGAUGGAGAAUUUGUGGAGGUUAUUCUUCUACCUCUGGAUGAAUUUCAGCAAAAAAUUGAUGAGCUGCUGCAGAAAGAGAAAAUAGUGGUGGACUCCAAGGUGUAUAUUUAUGCUAUGGGAAUGUCGCAGGCCUUCUUUAAACCCAGAGAGUUGCCUGUGCUGAAGCAGUGAGGUGCACAAAUCUGUCACCUGGAGUACACUAAAGACAGACUGUCGUGAGCUCAGCAAAGUGAUGAAAUCUACCAAUACUUGACCAUGGCCUUAGUGUUUUAUAACAGUUGCCUGAACAUUCCUAAUAAACUAACAGUACUUAAUUUAGAGGUACUCAGUGUUUGCACAGUUUUACAAUUCAUUAUUAAUUAUAUGAAUAUAUAGGAACUCACCAAACUAAAAGUGUAGGUCUAUUCUGUGAAUUUUUUUGAGUAUGUCCUAUCUGCUGUUGGCCUGUAAUAACAAAAGAAAUCCAUAAAAAUAUAAUAAAACUAUAUUUAUAGGUUAUACAGUAAGUGUCACAAAAAGACUCUCUCUAUAGGAAAGGUAUUUUGUUUUAUGAUCAGAACUUGGAAUAAAUCUUGUAAAACUGACUCAAAAGGGGAUUUUUGAUGUACUGUAUCCAUCUAUGACAUAUGGUCAGUAGAUUAUUACAUUUGAUAUCGGGCAUCCAAUUGUCUACAGGACUGCAAUAUGCAGGUAAUUCCAAAACUUUACAGUUUAUGCUGGAGGAUGCAUAUGCAAUGCUGUGUACCUGGAUAACUGUAUUAAUUUUUUAUCUAAUAAAUUUGACAGUUUAAAUUUCUGCA